GAAUCACUUUUCUAUACAUUCCACAAGAUUUUUCACGAAGCAAAAAUCAUUUAAAAUUUUUCCCUCGUGGAUAUUGCCAUUUUUUUUUAAUGCAUCCGAUUUAUGUUAGAUGUCAUUUAUGAAUGUCGUUAAAGUCAUCGUCUCUGGCAUGUAAUUUCAACUUAAAUGAAGAGUUGAAGACGGCGACGAGUGGCAUUUCCAGCUUCUCGCAUGAAUAAAUUUACUCAGUUUUGAUAUGAAAUUGUGAAAUUCGAAUUGUACUCGGGUUGAAUUGCCCGUGAGUCAAAACGAUGAGCGUGGUUUUUUUGUUUCAGAUUUCAUCAUCAAUGUAAUUUCUCAUCUGUAAUGAAUUUACUGCUGCAUUUGUAAACUGUAAAGUCUGUCUAAAUAGCGGACUUGGCAUUACAUUUUACAGCCGUACAACAGCUAGCGCAAAAGGUGAAAAAGUACAAAUAGAUCUGCGGCUAAAUACUAUAAGCGUUUGAAACAUUUGCGCUUGUGUGUAGUCCUCUAUAAAUAUAGCACGCGCAGCCACAGCAGGUGACAGAAAGACAAGUUAGGGGGAAAGAUGAAGAAAAAAACAAACUUUAUAGCCUGCUGCUGCCACCGUAGUAAAUGAGCGGCUAUUUAGUUUGGACUCUGAUACCUGUGACUUCAAUGUUUCUGCAACUUGUGCCUCAUUAGCCACAUCUAAAGUAUCGAGAAGUUUUUAUUCUUUUUUUAGAAGUAGAGCACGGAAUGGGUAUAAGAAAAAUACCGUUUGUUUUUUUCGGUUUUGUUGGGUGAAGAAAUCGUUUCGUGAAUUAGUGUUGUGAGUGGACGUCACCAGUUAACUAGCUAUAAAGACCACCUCAAAGAUUUCGUGUUGGUAAAUUCGCAAUCGGUCUCUCUGAGAUAACUGACAACAUGCAGAAAAUCAUUCGUCGCGUUAUUCGACUGGCUUCAUUAUUGGUUUUUUUACCCAGUCUGUUACAAGCUUUUUCUCUGUCGGUGUCCGAUGAAAAGCGAGUAGCAGAUCCCGAACGGUGGAAAGGCUACGUCUUUGAUGACGUGAGCGACUCAAACUACCAUUUUGUCAGCAAACAAAAUCUUAACCUUUAUAAGUUGCGCAACAAAGCGUCAGCAACAGUAUCCAGUGGUAAAAACGGAUACAAGUACUCGAAAACCAAAGCCCCUUCAUACGGCCAGAAUAAUUUAAAUCAAUAUGGGAAUAGUAAACCAAACUGUACUGAUGAAGAUGAAGAAUUCGAUCAACGAAAGAAGAUUUGGAAAGCAAGUCUGAUCCUGGGGUCGGUUGGCUUGGCCUUAAGCAAAUUGGGUCUCGUUUCAAUUGUUUCGCCAUUUCUGUUUGUGGAGGAUACCACAACAUCAACGUCAACAACAUCGACAACAUCAACUAGUACAUCAACAUCUACAUCAACUACUUCAACAUCAACCACUUCCACAUCCUCCACUUCAACAUCAACAACAUCGACCACUACUACCCCUACGACCACAACAUCGAAAAACAACGACACCAACAACAACGACAACAACUCCAACAACUACAACGUCGACGAUAACCACAACUAUUGCGCCUAUCACGUGCACCACGACGACGACAGCGACAGCCGGAGAUUACAAAACCAUCCGAAAUCCCGGGGCACAAGUGGCACAGUGUCUUGCCAUCACGGUACCUGUUGGCAGCAAAAUUCAAAUUACUUGCACGGUCGUUUAUACGCAGGCUGGCACGUACACUAUGUUUUACACGAACGGCGGAACAACUCUCAUCACCGGUAUGGCCGUUGUGGGAACAACGUACACGUCGACGGACAACACGCUGACUAUUGAAUCCCUGGCCGGCAGUUCCAAUGCUGAGACGCUAUGCUGCUCAUGGACAACAGUUUAAUAGAACCGCAUCGUUGAACUACAAGAACUCAAAAAGCUACAAGAGAAUUUGAUUUCAGUUCAAUUCUGCAAUGUCUUGUAAUCACAGCUAUGCCUCUUGUUAAUAAAUGAUAGGCCUUUAUGAUGUGAUAGUGGAUAAAAAUUGUACACAAAAUUUUAGCUAAAUUGCCGUAGUCCAUCUCAACAAAUGGC